AUGAUAAUUACUGGAUGUGGUAACUAUUACUAAACAUUGAAGUAAUUGGGUUCAGGUUCAUUUGGAUCUGUAUAUUUGGUAAAAGAUCUAAACACUCAAAAUGAGUAUGCAUGCAAAAUUGUAUUUUAUUGAUAUAAGUAAAAUGAAGAUUUCGAAACAAUUAAUCAACAUGUAUAAUGCAAAUUAGAUGAUUCAAAGUGAAAUAGCAAUUCACUAUUCUUGUAAUCAUAAACAUAUAGUGAAAUUGUAUUCAUAUUGGGAGGAUUAAAGCAACAUCUAUAUUCUACUUGAAUAUUGUAGUAAGGGUCAUUUGAUUCAUCCAAAGACUCAAUUCACAGAAGAUGAAGUAUUUUAGAUAUUCAAUUAAAUUCUAAGUGGAGUAGACUAUCUCCAUAAGAAUAAUAUUGUCCAUAGAGAUUUGAAAGUAAUGUUAAAUUUCUAAAAUAGUUUGAAAACAUCUUAAUUAAUGAAGAUGGUACCUUAAAAUUAUGUGAUUUUGGAUGGGCCAUUAAGGUUCAGUAGCUUCCAGUUGAAAAUGUAAUGUGUGGGACAACUGAAUAUAUGCCGCCUGAAGUAGUAUCAAAAUAAGUACUGGAUUUUAAAGUUGAUACUUGGUCAUUGGGAGUUAUCCUUUUUGUAAUUAUGAAAAUAACAUAGGAAUUAUUACAUAGUUCAUUCCCAUUCAAUGGAAAGGAUCAACAAGAAUUGAUCAAUAAUAUACUUAAUAAUCAAUUAAUAAUUUCUAGAAGACAUGACAUCAGUGAACAUUUAAUUAAUUUGAUUUAAGCAUUACUAAUUAAGAAUCCAGAGUUUAGACCUGGUAUAGAGUAAAUUUAUUUAUGUAAAUGGAUGAAAUAGAAUAUGAAGACUCAUAAUUUAUUUAACCAUUAUGAAAAUGAAUAAUUAAAAUUAAAAGUGAAAUAAAAGAAUAUCACACUCAAGGCUGUUAAUGAUAUUUAAUAGUAAAUAAAAUUCUAAUCUUAAAUAGUUUAACGCCUAAUAAUAAAACCAAGAUUUCAAAUGAUGGUUAAGAAGGCAACAAUAGUCAUACAACAUAAUCAUAAUCAACUAAUACAUCCCCAGGACCUAAGAAUUAUAUUGAUAAAUUUUUUAGUUUUAUAGAGUAAUUUAAAAAUUUUUGA